AUGUCAAGUGACUUUCAAUUGAUUGAAAAUACACUGUCGCUCUCUUACGAUACACACACAUCAGCAGAGAAGUUAGAUCACAAAACAAUUACAAUCACCAAUUUGUUUGAUAAGAUGGACCCUCCGCCUAAAGGAUGGGAGACUUCAAUUAACGAGUUUCAGCCCCCCGCUUAUAACAUGCACACUUUUUCUAAAGUAGAAAAUAAUAUUAUUCGUGUUAGAACUGCCGUUUUAGUUCCAUAUUCGUUUCAAGACAUAUUAAAAGAAGUCCACAACCCGGUGAACAUCUUUUUGACAAAUCCCCAUGUCCUUGAAGUCACCUCGCGUGAUUCAACUCGGAUGCACUUUAAAUGUGCGGUGAAUGGAUAUGACGACUCCGUUUUUUACUUUAAUUGUAAAACGCGUUUAGAAAUGUAUACCGACGACGACUUCAAACCACACAAUGAAUUAUUUUCUUCAAACAAAACACAAAAAAGUUCCUCAGAGAAUUAUGAAGGAGUUGAAUCCUUUGAAACUCAAAAGAAGAUGUCUCGCAGUUCAAAGACGGUGUUUCUCUUCUACGACUUCAAACCCGACUAUUGGGAGUAUUACUGCCUUGUAUGUCAAAGAGAGAGAGACGGGUGUUCCAUCACUUUAGAACUAGCUACUAAAGCUCCAUGUGUCACCAAAUGGUAUGUUGAGUUAUUUCAUUCAUGUCGAAUUAUCGUUCAUUAUUUCCUCAUCUCUUUGAGUAAAAACACAAACAACUACGUCGCCGCAACACUGAAAAAGAAGUUUGAGGAAAUCAUCCGAUUUGUCCCUCCCGACUAUCGCCUUUGCCAGAGAAAUCGAUUCUCGGAAACAUACGUCACGCGAGACUUCUCGAAUAUCAUCAUUCGAAAUUACACACUAAACUCGAUCCAAAUCGAUAUGGAAAAGGUGAUAGAAGCACUCUUCCUGUGGAGCUCCGAUAACGUCUUGUUCGACAAAGUGCAGAAGAUCGGCACAUUUAAUGGCCUCAAUUCUUUGCAUGCAGAGUCUUCUUUAUUGGCAGCUAAUACCACUGUGUUGGAUAUCGUCACGGCUUCCUGUGUGUUUGAAGGUAACAUCUUUGUGUGUGGACACUCAUUAAAGAAGUUGCCUAAUUGCCCACAUCGCCACGACGGAAUUGAACAAACGGAAUGUUUGUUAGCAGGUUUUGAGACGAGAAAAGUGAAUGAAAUGAUUAAGACAAGAUGUGUGUUACAAUUUUAUAUACCAUCGUUCAGAAAAUUGGGCUUUGGUGGUAUUAAAAAGAGAAUAACAAUUUUUAUGGCUCGACUCACGUUUCUUAUUAAAGCAGUCGAGUACUCGGUGGUCCCCCAAAUUAUUCAUUCGGAAAGAAAUAUGUUUUUAACUUCUCUUCAAAUCCUCAAAGCUUCAAUGUGUAUGAAAGAUAAAUUCAACAAAAUGGCCAACGAAUUUAAAAAAAUUGAGGAACAAAAGAAUUUUAAGUUGAAUUUGGAUAUUUUAAAUAACAAUGUGUUGAUGAAGAUACUCCAAUAUUUGAGACUUAAACACAUCGUUUCUUUGAAACUUACGUGCCGGAAAUUCUACCAACAAAUUGCAACGUGUCAGUCUACUUUAAAAGCGAUUUACACGAAAUACUAUGACCCUAAAACAUUUGGUAAGUUGUAUGAAGAAUGUAGCAAAUCACAAUGCACAUCACCAUCAGACCCAGUUGAUUAUUACACUACAGUGCUGAGACACGAACAACAGAAUCUGCACUGGAGGUACACAUACACGACACUACACAAAAAAAGGCAUCGAGUGUAUGACACGCCCAUCACACAUAUCUUUCCAACGCCGGACAAUCAGUAUGUCAUAGUCAGUGAAGAUGGCAAAGCGUCAUUACAAGACUACGCCACUAAUAACAAACGAGUUGAGUGGGUUUUUAUGAAAAAAGUAGUUGCUUCAUCGUUCAUAGGAGGAUGUUUAAGUGGGCAGAAAUCGACUGAAAAAAUGUUUUACCAGUUCACUGGUGGGACGUCAUCAGUCAUUCAGUGGGACAACCUAAAGGAAGUUGAGACGUACAAAACGGUGAAUGUGGAUGGUGCAGCGUUUGUUGGGAACAGUAAGUUUGUUGGGUGGAAAGGGAAGCGAAUAGUUAUAUAUGACAUUAGUGUGUUGAAAGAGAUUGAGUCUUAUAGUAAAACGGAUAGUAUAGUUGAAACCAUUCACGACUAUAAAGAAGACCAAUUUCUUGUUGUGUCUAGUGAUAAGAGUGUCGCUGGAUUUGAUAGUCGAAGUAAACGAAGUACUUUUCUGUUUAAAGGAGGAGUGCCUUAUGGAGGGGUCGAUUGGUUUGACUGGAAUGUUGUGAUUGGAAACAUCGAAGGGAUAGUCGAAAUGUGGGACGUGAGGUACCCAAGAAUGUGUGUGAACAAUACGGUUGUUGGCGGGAUGACAAAUGCUUUGAGGUGUUAUAACAGAAAAGUUGUGGUGGGGACACAGAACAAAUUGGUCGAAAUGGCGUUUUGUGAUAAAGGAAGAAUGGAACAGUUUAAUUGUUUGUAUCAACAUGAACACCCAGUCACGUCAGUGUAUUUUAAAGAUGAUGUAUUGGUAACAGGGUCAAAUGAUGGGGUCGUAUAUUCAACUACAUUUUGA